CGUAAAUUAUGCUUUCCCCUACAUGACCAGCCAGUUAAAAUUAAUCGUCUUUUUGCCAGUGUUCUCACAGCCACUUAGGUGGUGAGACUUCUCGCAGAGGUCACACUAUUGGCUAGGGUGGGGUGCACUUUGUUGCAGGAGUACUCCCACAUAUACCACACAUAGCUUACCUCUCUCACCUGCCACCAUUCAUACUUACAUACAUACCGCACUCUGCUCAGACACGUCAGAGCCCACCACCACCCUUUUGAGGAGCCGCAUGUGCAUCCCCUCUUUCGCUCGCUGAGCAUUUAUUCAAUUACAUUAUCUUCCUGGUCCCCCUCUCCCAGCCUGGCCCAGGGAAGAGAAAGUUGUUUCUAGCAUUGACUUUUCCUCUCCGCUUAUUCUUACGGUCUAUGCUUCCUGACGACUAAAAAGAAUCCCCUCUUCCGCCGUCAAAAGUCUCUUCUUGAAGAAGCCAAGACACAAGGAAACAAAAUCUUGUCCCAUGGCGGAGCGUUUGGCUGUUUUCGGGGUUUUGGCCCUCUCGUCGCUUGCAGGCAACACCGCCGAUUUUCUCUGUGGAUACGCCGAUUUGUUGCCGGACUCAUCCCGCGAUAUUCGCAGCGUAGUUAAAUGCCUUUAUGAUAUAAGGGCCACCUUAAGGGACCUUGAUUUGGCUUUUCAGGAUCACCGCUUUAACCGCCUUGCUCGAGAGUUGCUGGACGACAUCGUGUUGGGUAUUAGUAGUUGCUCGAGGUCUCUUCGUGAGCUGGAUAACAUCGUUGUACGCUAUUCUUCUGGGCGACGGGCUGCCACUCCUCGAAAAACAUGGCACGAGGUUCAAUCUUAUUUUCAUAAAGCCGAAGGCUUUCCUUUGGGCAGUCGCUUAGAUGUUCACCGGACUUUUUUGUUGCAAUUGAAAGGGAUUUUGCAACAGUAACCUACCCCGCAAUGAUGCAGUGUCUCACACUUGGGCUUGGCUGACCUAAUCCUAGUAAAUCGGGAAACCGAACCGAAAUGUCACGACUUCGGGAAGAGAUGAAAUAUUUUGCAAGCAACCAGGAAAGAGUGGCGAAAAGAAUGAGAGAUUUGGAGGAAAGCCAGAGAAGGGCCGCGGAGGAAAAGGCGUAUAUGGCUCGAUAUCCACCAACGCCUCCCUAUGGUUCACCAUCACGGCGUUCCUCGCGCUCUUUUAGCCCUGUCUCUCCACCUCGUUCGGCCAGUGUUGACCCCGUGCGCUACAUGACCCCAGCACAUGACUCCCGGCCCGUAACACCUUUGGCCCCCGUUGCCCCGCACACACCCGUAUCGCCACCACCACGAGAGCGUAGGUAUGCCCCUCCCCCGGCGCCGACCCCACUUCCGCCAUCACCGCCAGGCCCGAGACUCCGUGGUGGAAAUGUGAAUGUUAGGCCUGAUUGGUGGGCUGGUGUUUUUGAUGGGACGGCCGGCUCUACCGGGUUUGUGAAUACUGCGAAGUAUGGAUUCAAAGUUUAUAUUUUGAGGAUUGUUGGCUGAUGAUGGUAUCAGAACUGCCGAGGGAUCGCAAUGCUUCGGGAUGCCUAUGGACACGCUUAACAUGGCAAGAGAAGAGAUUGAGAUCAUUAAAGUGUGAGGGGUUUGUGGCUAUCUAUUACCACGAGCUCGUACUGAUGGUGCCUGUUUCUAGGGAAUUUGAUAAUGACCUUACUCUUCGCCUCUACCGCGAUGAGACGACCGAGGCCGCGAAAGUAGUCUGCACGGUUGGUCAACCGUAUUCGGGUGGGUGGGUUAACGACCGCCGAGGACACACCAGAUUCCAAACCUUCAUCGAUGCAUCUCUUUUGACUGUAUCGCGAGCUGGAUCCAGUCUUCAUCUGAAGCGCCGCGGUAUCCUAUGGGCUUGCUUAUAUUUUGCCGAUAUCGAAAGUAUGUAGACAAUUUCCCUUGCUCUUUUCUCUGAGUUAUGUUGACAUAUUUGAGGGUAGAUAUGGUGUUAUUUUAUCAUACAUUUUUGGCAUUAAGAUCCAACGGUCCCAAAGCACCAACACCCAAGAAAUCGGAGUAUUGGCUUGACGGAGAGGAGCUGCUUUUUAGCGGGUUGGAGAUCAUUGCUCAACGGAAUUUGUGUUCGGUUGCUGACUACCGGCAGUGAAAUCGACGAUGAGGGGUAUCCUCACAUCUUAAGAGUACUGCAGGAUCGGGACUCGGGAGUGGUGAGGUUGGCGUCUGCCAGUGUCAAGGGCGAGCAAACAGAUGUAACCAUUUGGACUGCUUUUAGUGAGUGCCAUUCUUAAGGCCUAGGACGAGUGUUAGAAAUUUUGGUGCUUACCACUUGGCAGUUACGGAUUAUAUUGGCAUUCCUGAUUGGCUCCGUUACUCGAGAAGUAAUUCCAUUAUUCUCAGGGACUUGCGGCAGUUUUCCUUUUCAGUCUACUUUGACACCAACACAUGGAAGAAUUACGAGCUACGUUUCAGGAAUCCAGGAGGUUUGUUCUCCCUCGCCUAGUGGAUGGACCAAGGCUUGGAUUAUGACUGACAAAUUAUUUUUAGACGCACGCGCAUUCGAGAGGGUCGUCAAGGAGAUUAGAUUGCCUACUUACUCUCGAUAAUCUCAGCCACUAUUUCCUUACCAAAAGUUUAGUAGAUAUUUGGAUUCUCCUCGGAGACGCUCAUUCUCUCCAGCUCCCCUUUGUUUGACGAAUUACGAUAUCACGAAUGCGAUGAAUUAAUGAUGGUGUUGAAGGGAUUCUCUUUUUGCUUCUUGCUUUGCAUUCACUAUUGGGGAGGUUCAUCUGCAGUUGGCUAUCCUUCAUUCCUCUUCUCUUCUAUUCAUUUGCGUGCUUUGAAGCAGGUGCUGUUAGUUUUUUUAUCACCACCAUUAUUAUUGCUAUUAUCAUUGUUUUUUUAUGUAUGAAGGAAGGUGGCGAGGCAAGGUGAAGCGGUACGAUGUUGGAGCUGGGAGUGCUGGUAUUGUUCUUGUAGAUGGGAGUGCGGUGCAGCCUGUGAUACUCUACUUUUCAUAUGUAUAUUUUGAUGAUGAUGUUGCAUGAGGCUAUGUUUUUAAUCAUCAAAAUCACACUGCUCUUGGGCUUAAUACCAAGCCGCCUGCUGGUGUAGUUGUAUUGAGGCUUUUUGGUUCUUCGGAAGGCUCUGGGUUUAUUUUUUUGGUAAUUUUUGGUUUUAUUUUGAUAUUUUUUUUACGCGGUGUUUCCUGACGGGACACCCGAGCGGGUGGGCGCAGCGGAAUCAGGCGCACGAUAGGUAGAUAAAUAAAAUACUCUAGUACUCUAUCUUCGGGAAAUCAGCGGCAAGUCCGGGCUACCGUAUGCGAACACUUCCAAUGUCCCGCCGUGACUCAAACCCCGCGACCCCCCCCCCUCCGGAGGAGUGAAGAUGAGGAAAAAAAAACAAAAACUAGAAAAAAGAUGUUGUGUAUCCAACCCGCAGUGCGGGGUUUGCGGGGUGGUGGGCAAUCGCAAUUAAGGUAAUAGCCUAGUUUUAUUUGUUUAGCUGAGCUUGGGUGGAAUCGAUUCUUUUGUGCAUGAUCGCUGGGUACUCUUUAAUACUGGUAUCAUUCUCGUAAUUUACAGGGGUCAGGCAUAAAAUGACGGUACGGUGAUGACUGAAAGUUCAGUAGCAGCGGUACGCCUGACAAACAAGGCAUUGAGGGGAUAUUUGUAUUUAAUGCUCUUGGUCAGUUAGGGGCAAAUAUAUACAUACAAUCGAUGGGGCACCUGGCCUCUAGGUUCAAUACAACUGCUACGAGUAGAAAAAUAUACUAACUCUUUACAUGUCCUAGUUGGGCGAUCAAAGGUUUGCGUCUUUUGACGAGCAGUUUUCAGCGGACUGCUUGGUAAUUCCGAGCGGAACCCAGACUGGCACCCGCGCUCCAGGCUACCCCCUUCCCGCAUGGCCCUCGUAGGAAGGCUGUGGGGAUAACUCGUGCUCCAUCAGUUUGAGAUUAACCUGUCUUGCGGGCCAAGCUUGAUCCCUGCGCAACCUAAUCUACUUGAACAAGUAAGCGAUAGAAUUUCAGUGAACAGUUAAUUUAAUUUACAACCACGUGGAUAGGCAAAAAAAUCCCCGUCCUGCACGAAAACAUCUCACCACCUGUAAGCACUUAUCGGAAUGGCCUUGACAUACUGGACGGUACCGCUAACUUUCUCAGCCACUUUUUUCUUUCUUUCUUUCUUUCUUAAUAUGAGUUGCCUUUGAGACUAAGAGAGGGUUUGCUUGUGCCUUCGCUGCGGUCCAAUCUGGGUGGGGAGAGCAAGGAACAGUAAGUAUUGGGGUGGGUGUUAAGUGUAUGUAUGUGUAUGUAUGUAUGUAGGGCGGAGUCAUCAUUAUGCGUCAGGCAAUUGAAUUGUGCGUACUGUGUGCUUGUGUGUAGUAGGGCACAGGCGGGCGGUAUCGGCAAGUGAACGGAGGAAUGGGAAGGAAAGAAGGCAAGGGAUGUUGAUAAGGGUGGCGUGCGGGAUGGUGUAGAGGUGAAUUGCUUAUCGUAGAGAAUUGAGAGAUGCUUUGGGGUAGCAGAAUUACACGAGUGACAAGUUUUUCUAGGUGCUCUAUUGUUUUAUUUUUUAUUUAUUGUUAAUGGUUAGUUAGCGGUUUUUACUUGACCAUCAUGGCGCUGGCAUUAUUGUUGUUAUGGGACAUGAAGGCAGGUGGGAGGAGGAGGGGGGUUGGUGAUUUUUUUUAAUAGACCCUACAGUACGGUCUAGAAAACGGCAGAAAUGAAAGUAAACAUGUAGAAAUUUUCUGAUAUAUUUUAUAUAGACAUUUUCUUUGAUAAUAUCACAUAUUAUUACUCAACAUGGUUGUAUUUCUGAACUAGAGGUAACUGGUAUAUGAAUUACCUUAUAUGAGGAUAUGAAGCAAUUCAGAUAAAAGGCCUAAAUGUAGGAGGAGAAAAGUGAAAAACUGAAGCAUUUGGAAUUAGACUAAUUAUUAAUCUAAAAGCUUUAUAAUUAUAUA